AUGAAGAAGCCAAGCAAGCAAGCAGGGCUGGCAUGCACCCCACGACUGCCCGUCCCCCCCGGAGACUGGCGGUGGCGGGCGGGCUUCCUGGCAACACCCGGCAGCGAGUGCUCCCCUGGGACGCAAGCCAGCGCCUGGGCUCAGCAGGGCACCGGGAGAACGUGCGCGGUGGGAGCAGGCCAACUCUGUGCGGGUGAGGUUGGCACUGCCCUGCCCUCACCCACCUGCCCUCCUCCUGCCGGGCAGGGCCUCCCGACAGGCUGGGUGAUGGGGGGGUCCCGGCACAGAAGCAUCUCUGGUGCCCCCCCCAGCCCACACUACUACAAAGUGGAAAGCAAGCCCCACUAA